GAUCGGCGGCCUAUUCCCAACGACGACCAUUCAGCUCCCCCCCCUUCCAGCCAGCCAGAGCCAAGAGUCAGCGCAAUCCAUCGUCACGAGUCUCUACACAGCAACAACCCCCACCAUGGCAUCCGAAAGCGCGGCAGACGCACCACGGACGAUCCAGCACGGAUCCCACAUGGAUCUCGUCAUGGAGCGAUACGGAUUCAACCCGAACCACUUUCUGCAAGAAGUCACCGACUCUGUGAACGAGGCCGUCGCCGACAGCAUCCAGGUCCUGGAGAUGUCGAUACGGGGCGGCUUGGGCGAGGACGUGGUCUCCACGACCGAGUUUGAAGACGGCCUGCAAUCCCUCGAAACCAGCCUGUUCCAGGCCACCGAUAUCGCCACGGACAUGUUUGAGACCUUUAUCCCGGGCGUCCUCUUUGCCGUUCCGCCGGAUCUACCGAGCGUCGCCCUCCCCGAGCUCGAAGGAAUGGAUUUCACUGCAUCGGAAAACGAGCUGGACGAAGAGAUCAGUGCGCUCGAGAAGACCCUGACCAACAACAUUGUCUAUCUUCAGUUUCUGCGCGAUCAUAAAAAGGAGGUAUCCGAGGACAUUCGUCGGGUCAACCAGGUCCAUGCAAUCUGCACAUCGGUUGCCGAUAAGACCAGCCGGCAUCCCAUGUGGCCGACCUCGCAGUCCUUCAACGAGCUGGCCGCCCUUGUGCGAGAGGCUGUGGACCUGAAAGACUAUGUCGAGCUUCGCCAGCGCAACCCAGCCAUCAGUCGCAAGAUCCGGGAGAUGGCUUCCGACAACAAGGUCAUUCAGGACAAUGUCAUGCAGUAUCUCAAGCUGAAGCAGGAGCAGGCGGCACAAGCUCCGAAUGAGGGCCUCGCCAGCAUCAACAAGCCGACCGAUCCUCGCAUCCUCGCCACCAUUGACACGGACUCUUAUGGAGUGGAGCAAAUUCUGGGCUCGAUUGCUUCAUAGAUCCCUCCCUCUCCCCGAGUUUUUCUGUCAUCGCUGUCCCUAUCUACCCACUCCACUCUGCCCUUUGUUCUUACUAUCACAAGAGCAUCUAAUCUUUCGAGACGGCCGGCUCUCCAUCAACAUGCUGUGUAUGUGUGUUGCGUUUUUUUGGCAUUUGCACGGCGUCUCUUUGGAAUCUGCGACGCCCUGCAUCCUUGUAUCCUGGGCAGGCGAAUACACCUCAUGGCCAUCGCCGA